AUGACUCGUUUCGGAUUCCUCUCUCUGGGUUUGCUCUCGCUUCAGGCCUUCAUCAACACCGGCUUCGCCGCCGAGGCCGAUCCGAAGGUCGUAACAGCUGGUCCCUCCGAUCUCGCAGUCAAGGUUCACACCUCAUUCCCGCACUCUGAGAUUUUUGGUAUCAAGGUCAUCAACGGUCACCCAACGGAGGCUGUUGUUUCAUUCACCAAUGAUGAGCCCAACCCGGUCACCCUCAAUAUCCUCGGCGCGAGCCUUUGGGAUCUGGGAGAGGAGAGCAAAAUUGUUCGCAACCUGACUGCCUCGCGUUACGGCGUGGAGAUUCCUGCCAAGUCGCAGGAAGCUGUCAUCUACAGCUUCGCCACCGAGAUGCAUCCCCAGGACCUGCGUCUGAACAUCGCAGCUAUUCUUUCUGACAGCGAGGGUGGUUUCUUCACUCUGCAGGCCUUCAAUGGCACUGUGAGCGUGGUGGAGCCCGAUACUAGCAUCUUCGACCCCCCAGAUGUAAUUAUUCCCCUUCGACGCAUAGCGACCGCUGUUGGACUAACAAUUUGCCCUAGUAUCUUUCUCUACUUCUUUCUCUUGGCCUGCUUCGUUGGGGUUGUCUACUUCUUCUACACUGUUUGGGUCGCUCCGUACUUUCCCCAGAAGCGCAAGAGCAGCAAGACCGGCGAGAAGCGUGCUGCUCCCAAGACCCCCGAGGAAACCUCCAACGCUGCCGUUUCUUCUGCUUCUACCUACAAUGCCGACUGGAUUCCCUCCCAUCACAUCAACCGCCCCGAGGCCCGAAAGGUUAAGGGUGGUGGUAAGAAGGCCACUCGUGCAUAG